GUCGCAGUCCCCCGCGGUGCCGUCCCGUGGUGCCGGUGCUCGCCAUGGGCUCGGCUCCGCCCGCCUUCAUCGGCGCCGAGGAGGUGGAGAAGCACCUGCCCCGCGCCAGCCUCCUGCUGCCGGCGCUGGAGGCCGCCCUGGGCAACUUCUCCUCGGGCCCCGCGGGAGGCGUCGUGCAGCCGCUGCGCACCGUGCUGGCCGUGCCCGGGCACGGCGGGUACCUCGGGGUAAUGCCCGCGUACAGCGCUGCGGAUGAUGCUCUGACAACCAAGCUGGUGACUUUCUAUGAGCACCUGAAGGAUUCCUCUGCCCCUUCCCACCAAGCGACUGUCCUCUUGUUUGACCCUCGCAAUGGUUCUUUGAAAGCUGUCUUGGAUGGCAGUGUCAUCACAGCAAAGCGAACAGCUGCAGUUUCUGCCAUUGCUACCAAGUUGUUAAUGCCAGCUUUUGCAGAGGUGCUGUGCAUUUUGGGAGCUGGUGUUCAAGCAUACAGCCAUUAUGAAAUCCUCACAGAACUGUUCACAUUUAAAGAGGUCAGGAUAUGGAAUCGCACCAAGGAGAAAGCAGAGCAGUUUGCCAGCUCUGUCCAUGGUCCCGUGCGCGUUUGCUCCUCUGCCCAGGAGGCCGUUGUUGGGGCUGAUGUGAUUGUAACAGUCACCAUGGCAACAGAACCCAUCCUGUCUGGGGCCUGGGUAAAGCCAGGUGCCCACAUCAAUGCUGUUGGAGCAUGCAGACCAAACUGGAGAGAACUGGAUGACAAACUGAUGAAGAAUUGCUCUCUGUUUGUGGAUUCCAGGAAGGCUGCUUCUGAAGAAUCAGGAGAUGUUAUAUUAUCAGGGGUAAGACUUCUGUAAUUGAUGGGCUUUAUUUUUGUGGCAAUUGGCUUG